AUGGCUGAACAGACAUCCACCCCCAUAUCAAUCAGAUAUGCCACUGAAUCAGAACUCCCAGCCCUCGCCCGCCUGGAACUCCUCGCCUUCCCAUCCUCCAGAUAUCUCUCCAACACCUUCCCCAAUGCCGACCAGCAGGCCCUGCAGAACUACAAGUCCAUCGUCCUCUGCACGCCAUUCUCAAACCCUCGCGCCCAUUUCCUCGUCGCCAUAGACCCGGCCACGGACCAGAUUGUCGCAUAUUCCUGCUGGUCAAUCCCCACAAGCUACCAAUACGGCGACCCGGCGCGAACAGUGAUAUCAAGCGAAGCCGAGGAAAAGGCUGCCAAUUCCUUUCAAUAUUCCCCCGAGGGUAUGAACAUGGACAUUCACAACAUGUUCAUAUCAACCCUUGAAGCAAAGAAGCAGUUUCAUACGAAUGAACAUGAUAUAAUCCUGAACAUGCUCUGCGUUUUGCCUGAUUAUCAAGGAAAGGGGAUCGGGAGGCAGUUUCUCAAGUGGGGCAUGGACAAGGCGGACGAACUGGGAGCGAGGAUUUAUCUCGAAUCUACGCCGGCAGGCUACCCUGUGUACUUGAAGUACGGAUGGGACCUUGUCGAGGAGUGUGUCAUCGACUAUACACGAUUUGGCGGUGCCGGGAGCCAGACCUUUCUGCUAAUGAUAAGAAACCCGCGAGCUUCAGCGACUUAA